UCGUAAGAACAACAUACACCCAUUACAAUAUAUACCGAACAGGCGCAUUUUCAUUUAUGCUUCAUUAUGUAUUAGCGCAAACCGUAACAACGCACUGCGUUCUCUACUGUUAAUUGCGUAACGUGACUGAGCCUCGGCACGUAUGUCUGUGCCGCUUCGAUACUUCAGAAUUUUUUCUCGUACCCAGCGCUAUCAACAAAGUCUAGUGAUUGUUUAAUAGCGUGAAAUGAUGGAUGAACAUGAAAUUGAGGCAAGACAACAGGCGACCCACAUAAUUCUCAUGGUGGCCCACAGGGGAGGCUAUGCCUUUCUAGCGGAACGGCUCAAUAACUUGAUGGCAUACCUCGACAAGCAUAACCUACAAGGUACCUGUUUGAUUGGACACAAAAUCGUAUCAGAAUUGUGUACUUGGCUUAUAUUUCAGGCACCCAUUGGAACAGCUGCUGCUGCACUUUUGACUCGAAUCGUAGAGCCGAGUCAAAACAGGCUUGAUCUUUAUAGGCAACUGCGACAAGACAGGGAUUUGCUCGUUGAAUUUAUCGAUGGGUCGGUUACCGCCGACGAAUCCAUAUAUCGAGCUGCGGCCUUAGCAUUCAGAACUGCUAAUCGAAGUCUUGAAGGUAUAUGGACACUUUUAAGUUCACCCCACAACGUUUGUCGAAAAGCGGAAGAUGUCUGGCGAUUGAACCGUUACUGCUUGCAGUAUGGCAAUGAGGUAGUCGAUGUUGACCGGGUGCUUAAGGCCUUCCCAAAAUUGUCCUAUUUCAAUACGCUCGUCAGGCUUAUUUCAUUUGAUGAUGAUGAUGUUCGGAGAGAGGCUUCACGCUUGUACCUCACACUCAUUAGAAGUAGAAAUGCUCACAUUCUAUCGUUAUUGGGCAUAGUUACCCACCGGCCUCACAUCGCAAUAGUGCUCGAGUAUCCUGAUGACAUUGGUGAUAUUAUUGAAGUACUUCGAACGUUUGCCUCUUGGCCGGGUAACCGAGAGGGAUUAAUCAACGUGGGAGUUUUCGCGUAUCUGCACUUUCUCGUUGUCGAUAACAGGAUGAAUACGGAAGGUCACUAUAAGUUUAUCAUGAGGCUUAUAUCCGAUCUGCUUGGCAUAUCUGGUGGACAUCUGCCACCCCCACAGUACGUUAAGGCUUGUAUUCCUGUAUUGAUGGAAUGCGUUCUACGGCUCGACCGAUACGAUUUGGUGACAUGCGGCGCCAGUGAGUCAGCCGACAUUUUCUACUACAUAAUCAUUCUAUAUGACGGAGAUGUAUUUAGUGCAUUUUUGCGGCAUGGUUCAGAUAUCUUGAGAAGGUUUGGUCUGGCACGCGAUAGUACUUACGUUGCGCGUCUGCUGAAUUACCUUGCCAUUGUUAUGGAUUCAGGCCGUGGCCGCAACGUGGAAGUCGAUGAAGUGCUAGCAGUUUUGCCGGCCCUUGAGAUUGUUCUUCAGAGGCCUGACAUUGAUACGGCUGACGCGGCAGAUGAGUGUAAUCUUAUGCUCGAAGUUAUGUAUUUGCUUAGCUCAGUCGUUGAACUUCUCAGUGAUGCGGGUCGAGGUGAUGCUGUCGUGUCGAUAUUCGGUGACCUUCACAGGCGAACAUCAACGAGCUUGCUGCCAGUAGUCGUUGCGGCACUUAGAAAUGUCAACUGCAUAAUUCAACGCGAUGCUCUGCGUAUAAUUGGUUACCUUGUUGAGGCCGGCUGUAACAGCGCCACCGAGCUGGCCGCUCUGCGAGAACUCAGUCCGGAUCUGCUUCGAAAUUUACUUCGUAUGCUACAAGACGAAAUGAACUAUGUAUUGAACAACUAUGUGCUGACAAUAUUACUGCAUAUAGCAAAUCUAGUUGCUCCUGAUUCAAAGCUCGUUCAUGACUUACAAACGGAUAUGCCGACAGAUUCGGAAUAUUUGCAAAAUUUGGCUAAUUUUUGCAAAGAUGAAGAUUGUAGAUAUAAGGCACAGCAGCUACUGCGUAUCAUGUCUCAAUGGUCCUUGAAAAAGAAGUUAAGUCUUAGCUAACAACGAAUUUAACGAAGUUCGAACAAGAAAUAUAAAUGGCUUCAAUCAGGGAAAGGAGGCAUUACGUCUAAUCUAAUUUUAGCCCUCUACAAGUAUUACCAUACAACUACUGAAGAAAAGCCGUAUGUAUACUAAGAUACUAAUAGGCUCAUAAUAGGUGGAAUGAAAAUAUCCAGAAAAUUAUUUCCGCGAUACGCUUCGGGAGGCCUAGUUACACAUUUGACGUGAAUAGAGCCGACUGCCUGGGCCCAACGUUAGGUCGUUGGACUUUAAAGCUUCACGGGGUCAGGGGUUCGGGCGAUUUUUAUAAAGAACGCUGCUAUAAACAAUUCUAAUCCUUUAAUUAAUCACCGCAAAGGCCAUUGCCCGUCAACCACCGUACCAUUUGUAACGCGAAGUUCGAGCUAAUUCGAUUUGCGCUAUGGCAACCAGAGGCUCCUAAUUAACCAGUGUCCGUCAACUAAAGUGUUUCACAGACAGUUUGAUCAGUACAAAUGAAGACAUUUCGGAGACCGGAACUGAAAGACGAAUAUUUCAAGAGCUGAGCUAUCAGGUGCCGAUCAGAAUCUGAUUUAUCUAAAGCGUAUUUCAAAAACCUUAAGUGGAUCUAUUUUAAAAUAACAGAACAAAAAGCCUGAAUAUCAUGUGUACAGGUUAUAGAUACAAACUGUGUAGCGUAGUAAUAUCACUUUCGCAUAUCACAUAUUUAACUAUUACACGGAUUUGAGAUGUUUUUCUGUGCACGGAAGAUAGCAGGCCAAA